AUGUCUGGUUUAAUAAAUCUUUUUUCUAUAAGAUGUACAAGACAAGCUUUUAAAACUACAUCAUUUAAACAUUUACGAUCUUUUAAACAGUGUUAUCCACAAAUUAGAACUAUAAAUAUUUUUACACCUUUAUAUAACUCUAAUGAGAUACAUUCGUUAUCAAAUAAUAAAAAAGAAUCAAUCAAAAAAAGUUUUAUUACAUGGAAAAGUGUAAUAGUUACAACUAUAAUAGGCACAUCUCUUUUAAUAUAUAUGUAUUAUCUCCAAGAAAUAAAAGAUAAACAAAUAGAACGCGAAAGAAGACGUCAAUUAGGAAAAGCAGCAAUUGGUGGAAAAUUUGAGUUAAUUGACUCUCAAGGAAAAAUUUGGAAGUCAGAUGAUUUUUUAGGACAAUGGGUUCUAAUAUAUUUUGGCUUUACACAUUGUCCUGAUAUAUGUCCAGAUGAACUUGAAAAAAUGACAGAAAUUGUCAAUAAAUUAGAGAAGCAACAUAAUACAAAAGUUCAACCUAUAUUUAUUUCUGUGGAUCCUGAAAGAGAUACACCAGAAGUUGUAGGCAAAUAUAUUAAAGAAUUUUCAGACAAAAUUCUUGGUCUUACUGGAACCAAAGAACAAAUUGCUAAAGUAUGUAAAGCUUAUAGAGUAUAUUAUAGCAAUGGACCUAAAGAUCAAGAUUCCGAUUACAUUGUUGAUCAUACAAUAAUCAUAUAUCUUAUUGAUCCUGAUGGAUUAUUUGUAGAUUAUUAUGGUUUAACUCAUACUGCUGAACAAAUUGUACAUAGUGUAUAUAUAAACAAGAUAAAAUAUGAAAAAUUAAAGUCAGAUACUUGGAUUCCAUCAAUACCAUUUAAAAAUCCAUUAUCAAUGUAA